GUGUGCCACUGAUUGUAAGAGAGAGAGAAAGAGAGAAAGAGAGAGAGGGGUAUUCAGUCCUGUUUUAAUGGGAAUCCAGGAGGCACACAGGAAAGGGGGACGCAGAAACUGAGAAGGACAGAAAGAGAGAAAGAGAGACAGAGAAAAAGAGAGAGAGAGAGAGGGCAAAUAAAAGUGGAGACAGGUUUAUUUUACGCACGGGGGGUGAAGCCGAGGAAGAGGAGGGUGAAGGAGCGCUGGAUUUGUUUUCCUCAGAACGUGUCUCCUCUCACUCCCAUGACUCCGGGAGGAUUCCAGCUGAACGCAGCCGCUCCGGAGGAAUUGAUGGUGUCUGCUGGGGGACGCGGAGCCGAGGGGAGGAAUCUGAGCGCGCUGGGCUGAACCAUGCCGACCCUGUGGAUCCUAACUUUGGCGAUCACCCUGAGCCGAGUGUGGGGCGUUCGCUUCUCCCAGGAGCCGGCGGACCAGUCGGUGGUGCUGGGAGAACGGGUGGUGCUGUCCUGCCUGGUCUUCAACUACAGCGGCAUCGUCCAGUGGACCAAGGACGGCCUGGCGCUGGGCAUCGGAGAGGGACUGAGAGCCUGGCCCCGGUACCGGGUGCUGCGGCAGCUGGACAUCGGCCAGUACAACCUGGAGAUCUCCAAUGCCGGGCUGUCCGAUGACUCCCUGUACGAGUGUCAGGCCACGGAGGCCGCGCUGCGCUCCAGGAGGGCAAAGCUCAACGUGCUCAUCCCCCCCGAGGACCCGGUGGUGGACGGGUCCCCGGAGCUCCUGCUGAUGGCUGGGACUCCGUUCAACCUGACCUGCGUGACCCGCGGGGCCAAGCCUGCAGCGCACAUCCAGUGGACCAAGGAUGGAGUCGCUGUGGAGGGAGCCCACCAGUCCACGGAGGUGCUGCCGGACAGGAAGAGGGUGACCACCAGGAGCUACCUGCCCCUCAUGCCAUCCGACACUGACAGCGGCAGCAACUUCACCUGCGUGGCCAGCAACCCGGCAGUGCCCAUGGGCAAACGAGCCACCGUCGGCCUUAACGUCCACCAUCCACCCACGGUGACGCUGUCCAUCGAGCCUCGCUCCGUCCUGGAGGGGGAGAGAGUCACCUUCACCUGCCAGGCCACGGCCAACCCUCCCAUCAUGGGCUUCAGGUGGGCUAAAGGGGGCGUGCUGCUGGACGGGGCCCGGGAGAGCGUGUUGGUCACCACAGCAGAUCACUCCUUCUUCACCGAGCCCGUGUCCUGUCAGGUGUUCAACGCCGUGGGGAGCACCAACGUCAGCAUCCUGGUGGACGUGCACUUUGGCCCCAUUCUGGUGGUGGAGCCGCGGCCGGUGACAGUGGACGUGGACUCUGACGUGACCCUGAACUGUAAGUGGUCUGGAAACCCUCCUCUCACCCUCACCUGGACCAAGAAGGGCUCCAGCAUGGUGCUGAGCAACAACAACCAGCUGCAUCUGAAGUCCGUGAGCCAGACGGACGCAGGUCAAUACGUCUGCAAGGCCAUCGUGCCCCGGAUCGGAGUGGGAGAGACGGAGGUGACGCUCACCGUCAACGGUCCCCCCAUCAUCUCCAGUGAUCCGGUGCAGUACUCUGUCAGGGGCGAGAGAGGAGAGAUCAAGUGCUACAUCGCCAGCACCCCGCCGCCCGAUAAGAUCGUCUGGGCGUGGAAGGAGAACGUGUGGGAGAAGGAGAAGGGCACCCUGAUGGAGAGGUACACGGUGGAGCAGAGCAAACCUCCGUCUCAGGGCGGCGCUGUCCUCUCCACGCUCACCAUCAACAACGUCAUGGAGUCGGACUUCCACUCGCCGUACAACUGCACCGCCUGGAACGCGUUCGGACCCGGCACCAUGAUCAUCACCCUGGAGGAGAAGGAUAUUGUUCCAGUGGGAAUUAUCGCCGUCAGUACCGUGGGCUCCUCCAUUCUGCUGCUUAUGUUUCUACUGGCACUCGCCUUCUUCCUCUACCGCCAACGCAAAGGCAGUCGCCGGGGUGUCACCCUGGGUAAACCAGACAUCAAGGUGGAGACAGUCAACAAAGAGACCCACAGCCUGGAGGAGGAGGCGGCCAACGUCUCCACAGCAACCCGGAUGGUCAAGGCCAUGUACUCCCCGUUCAAAGACGACAUGGACCUGAAGCAGGAAGUGCGGAGCGAGAGCGACACCCGGGAGGAGUACGAGCUCAAGGAUCCAACCAACGGCUACUACAACGUCCGAGCCACCACCCACGAUGAGGCGCGCCCCCAGUCCCGGGCCAUCCACUACCAGGGAGAGUUCCGACCCCCGAACCCAAACAGCGGGCCAGCCGGGGCCUCGCCCGGCGGACCCUCGGCCACCCCCGGCGGUGCAGUCCCCCCCAGCGGCGUGCCAGGCUCAAGGACAGGCUGCUAUGACCCCCGCCCGCCUUCCAGGAUGUCCCACGCCAGCUACGCCCAGUUCAACACGUUCUCCAGGCCGCAGCCGAGCCAGCAAGCGCCGCCCAACCCGACUCUUCAAUCGCCCGGGGAUUACCCGGGAGACUGCGGCAUGCUGGAGAGCACAACCCAGAUGGCCUACGACAACUACGGAUACCCCUCCCAGUAUCCCAGCUACCGCAUGGGCUUUGCUCCGCCCAUAGAGGAAGGGCCAUCCUAUGAGAUGUAUGGGCCAGGACCCGGCCAAGGACAAGGACCAGGUCCAGGACCCGGACCAGGACAACAAAGUCCUGAAACAGGGCUAGGGAAUUACGGAAGCUCCACCCGCUUCUCAUACUCGUCUCCACCUUCUGACUAUUCCCAGAGACACACACAGCGGAUGCAGACUCAUGUGUGAGAACACACACAUACACACACACACACACACACACACUUUUGACUGGCUUUUUGCAUCAGCAGCACUUAUACCACAUGAAGAAACUUUGAAACAAAAACAAAACAUUCAAGAAUCUGGUGCAUGGAAGUCAAGUUAAUUUUCAAAAACCUAAAACAACACAACAUUUCACAGCAGCAUCGCAUACACAAUAGGUAGCAGCAAUACAACACGUGCAAAGCAACAGUCACACACAAUCGCGCAGCCCUUCUGUUGCAUGCUUCGACACGAGCAACAGACACAAUCAUGAGCAAAGAGAUGAAGAGAGGAGCGAGCACUUUGAGGACCGGACAAAAAGAGGAGCAGCGUAAAAAAAAGAAACUUCUCCUCCUCCUCGUUUCUCCUCUUCGACGUCUCCCUGCAUCACCUCCUCCCCCCCCCCCCC